AUGCAUUACAAGACCGCCGCAGUCACUUUGGCUCUCCUGGGCAACGCUGUUGCUCAGCGCCCAACCGAUACGCCCAUUUGCGACUACUACACAACAGCCCUACUGAAGGAUAACUCAGCGCAGAACCAGUACACCCUGCUGACUCUCCUUGUCAACACUGUCGUUAUCGGAAACUAUACUACUCCCAAUGUUGGAGUAAAGGUUCCUGGUAUCCUGGCACCAGGUGUCUACAAUAACGCAAACGUCAAUUUAUUGCCGUACUUCAAUGGCGAACUGAAAUCUUCCAAUCGUGGUGGUAGCUCAGGCGUUUCCGUCAACUUUUUGGACGGCGGCGGUGCAGCCCCAUUGAUGAAGAACAUGGCGGCCAACGACGAAAAGUCAAAGCAAUAUUUCCUCCUAACUCACCUAUACCAAUUCUUCGGUGCGCUCUUGGGUUGCUCCAAGUAUGGAAUGGCAGGCUUCCCCAGCUACAACGGACAGGCCUCCAUGUACCAGGUUCACAAGUUCAUGGCCUUGGACGAAAACGAACUGGGAUACUUCAUCCAACAAGUUGCCCUUGCUGGUGCCUCCUUUGGAGUCGCUCAAGACGACCUUAAGGCCGUUGGCACGUCCCUUUCUAAUCUCUUUGGCUUGCGCUGCAGCCCGCCUGCUACUGCUAUUCCUGCACAGGGCCCUCAACUCCAAGCCAUUUGCAUCGAAAACAGCUGUCCCGCAUCGCCUGACGCUGUUUGCGCUAGCUACGAGCCUGUCGUGGCACCUAAGAAUGCGACUGGGGAAGGGAUGAAUGCUACUAGCUCAGUCACUGGGCCAGCUGCUACAUCUAUGACGACUGCAACUGGCACGAUGAGACCGACUACCGUCCCAACAGGUGGAGCUGCGACUCAGGUUGUCAGUCUUUCCACCCUUUUUGGAAUCAUUGCUCUGCUGCUGUAA